CAGGAAUUGCGCGCGCCGGGUCCUCUUUUAAAGAGCGAACGCUUUACCGACUAGGCCACUUCGGCAGAUGGUGUCCAUAUUGAACUAAGCACGAUAAGACGAUGGACAAAUUAUCACGAGUGGGAGCGAUAACGUCCACACAUCAGGGAGCAUGAAGUCGCCCUAUUUCCCAGCGAGGUCUGUGCUUUUCCACAAGGAGCCGAACGGGGUGACGUACAGAGUGCCGGCGCUGCUCUACCUGUCCCACUCCAGGUCCUUCCUGGCCUUUUGUGAGGAGCGACUCAGCCCGUCAGACGCCCAGGCUCACCUGCUCGUCAUGAGGAAAGGCACUUUCUACAGGAAUUAUGUGGAGUGGGAGGACAUGCGUGUCCUGGGCUCUGCUUACCUGGCGGGCCACCGGUCCAUGAACCCGUGCCCGGUGUACGAUGAGUUCACAGGGACCCUCUACUUGUUCUUCAUCGCCGUCCUGGGCCACACCUCGGAGGCUCAUCAGCUGGUGACCGGCAAGAACGUGACCCGGCUCUGCUACAUCUCCAGCAAUGAUGACGGAGACACCUGGACGACCGUCACCGACCUGACCAAGAGAGUCAUAGGAGACACCAUCAAAGAAUGGGCGACCUUUGCUCUCGGCCCUGGCCACGGUAUCCAGCUGAAGUCCGGCCGCCUCCUCAUUCCCGCCUACGCUUACCACAUCGAGUGCAAGGAGUGUUUCGGACAACUGUGCCAGACCACCCCCCACGCCUUCUGCUUCCACAGCGACACCCAUGGGAGAACCUGGCGAUUUGGCGAGGCGGUGCCAGGCCCGGAGAGCGUGGAGUGUCAGAUGGUGUCUGUGGACGAGGAGGACGGGACCAACGUGUUGUACUGCAACGCUCGCAGCCCUCUCGGCUACCGGGUGCAGGCCCUCAGUCUGGAUGACGGGGCUGUGUUUCAGGAGGGGCAGCUGGUGCAGCGGCUGGUGGAGCCUCGAAAUGGCUGUCAUGGCAGCAUUAUUGGGUUUCCUGCCCCGUUACACAUGGGCCAAGGUCUUGACCAACACUCACACCAACAUACACACCGCUCCAGACACUGGACAUCCUGCACGACCAGCUCCAAUCAAACUAUCCCCUCCACCCCUGACAUCGCCUCUGUCUCCAGCAGCACUUUAUCACCUUCUCACGUGACUCCCCCAGAUUUCCUCACCCCCACCUGGGUGGUGUACUCCCACCCAACAUGGACCACUGCACGCAAGGAUCUGGGCGUGUUCCUCAGCCUGUUCCCCCGUGACCCAGACAGCUGGCGGGGUCCCUGGGUGAUCUACGAGGGCCCCAGCGCCUACUCCGACCUGGCCUAUCUGGAGCUGCCCCCCUCACCUGGAGCACCGCCCGCUGUGGCCUUCGCCUGCCUGUUCGAGUGUGGAGCCAGAACGGCCUACGAAGAAAUCUGCUUCAGCAUCUUCACCCUGUACGAGCUUAUCGAUAACCUGCCGAGGAAUGGGCAGCGGCAGGAUGACAGUGACGGAUGUAAACAAAAAUGUGAUGGUGAUGCUCAACUUGAAACAGCUUUCCAGCCACUGCCUCAUGUGAAGAAGAGGAGAAGGAAGUUGACCGAGAUGUGCUCUUUGUCUUAAAGGUGUCUUCCAAUAAGUGCUUUCUACACAAAGUACAUCCAUCGUGUGUUACAGAAUAUUGUAAACAGUAGAAUGACUGAAGUGUUCCCCUGUUUUUCAGUGAAUUGUGAUUUUAUAACAUGUUAAGUGUCAAUAAAGUUCACCCAACUUA